AUGUCUCACUCUAGCAACGAAAUUGAAGCGGCAGAUGGACUGUUGUUGCUAUCACAGGGGCAACAGGACCACUACUACGACGACGAAGAAACAGACGAGGAGACGGAGAUGCGAGACGCCGCCAGAAUCCUCGUCAGCAUGAAAGACGCCGCCGGUCCAAAUCCAAUGCCGAAUGUCGGUCCCACUCCCGCACCAGCGACCGCAGCCACAACGCCAUCCACAUGGUUCCAUGACCUCCUAGCUCGACGUCCAUUGAGUAAAUUUGUGAGACUCGGACUGACCACGGCUUCCCUUGAUGAGCGGGCCGAACUGCAGAUCCAAGCUGUUCUUGAGGUCAUGACGACUCGCAGCUGCGUGCAAGAGGCGAUGUGGUAUCUGGACGCCAACAGCUGGGACGAAGAGGCGGCGAUUGAGCAGUACCAGGAAGACGAACAGAAGAGAUCCACGACUCCGGGGCAAACAUACCGCCAGUUGAACCAGCAGGCGAACACGGUGACGGCGGCGAACUUUAAACCGGACAUGCUCACCUUCACCAUCAGCGGAGUGUCAGAGUCAGGGCGACGGCGCAUUGUGCGGUUCCCCGGCUGGGAGGCGUUCGACGUGAACGAUGCAAAUCAGCUGCGGGCGUUGAACCAGUGGAGGAACGACGCGUCGCGGAUCUACGACGGACCUCCCGCGGUCCCGGACCAUCUCCAGCGAACCCGGCACAGCGAGCACGAAUUCCGCCUCAUCCGCAACCAGUUCGCAGACCGGAUCGACGAUUUCAAGAUGGACGCCCAGCCGCAGCACGGCAAGAUGAUCGCCUUCUACAACCAGGUUUUCCAGGGCCGGUACCUCCCCGGGGAGACCAACCCGUGCCUGGAGCGGAAGGGGAACUUUGUCGCGUCGUACAUGCAUCGCAAGUUCAAAUCCAAGAACCCAAACGGGGCCGGGAAGGCUCUGGGCAACUACGAGACCGCGCUCGUGAUCCAGGGCCUGCGACGACAGGAACAGAGAGACUACGAUGCCCGACGAAGAACCGGCGACGAGACCGAGAGUGAGCCGUCGUCUGUGGAUGAGAUGGACGUUGAUUGA